AAGGAACAGGGAAAAGGGAUACUCCAGAGCCAGAUGCAAGCGUGGAAUUGUUGCAUGCACCCUUCUUGCUAACACAGGCGUGCUUCUUCAGUUAGCUCCCUGACCACUAAAAGAAAGUUUGGAAGCAAAGAUGUGCAACCUAAAGCUGUCAGUUUUCUUCAUUGCACUUUCUGUCACUCUGAGCUGUUUGGAAGCUACACCUAUUGAGAAAUUACUAUCUGUGGCUGAUGAUCUAUCUGAUGGUACUUCCAAGAGACAAGGAUGGAUAUUGCCAGAAAUGUCACGGAAUACACUCUCAGGACUUAGUGAGGAAAUGCCAAAACAAACAGCAGCAAAGACAAAAAGUAGUCACCAUCUGGAGAAACGGAAAUGCAAUACCGCUACAUGUGUGACACAACGCUUGGCUGACUUUUUAGUUCGUUCCAGCAACAACAUCGGAGCAAUUUAUUCACCGACAAAUGUGGGGUCUAAUACAUAUGGAAAAAGGGACACAGUUGGGCUUUUAAGCAGAGAACCCCAAAAUAAUGCACAGCUUUAGGGUGUUAAAAUGACUACCAAUACAGUUUUCAUUAGGAGCUCAGUUUUUAAUGUAUCAAUAACCUCUUGGUCAUUUAUUACUUGUACAGUCUUAACAGUGCCUUGUUUUCUGUGUGUGUGUGUGGGUACGCGAUUUAUGUUCAUCAUUUUGCUAUGCAUGUAUAGUGACAUGCAUAGGCUAUUGUUUCAACUCCAUUACGAACUCCAGAAAUCUGCUUGUCAAAUUCCUUUGUAAAAAAAUAAAUAUAUAUAUAUCACAGUAAUAAAUGGAAAAUUAAUU